GCGGAUUUUGAUGUUGAUCACUUUGUGUCAGACUGCAGGAAACGUGUGCAGUUGGAAGAGCUAAGAGAGGAUCUGGAGCUCUAUUACAAACUCCUUAAAACUGCUAUGGUAGAGCUCAUAAAUAAGGACUAUGCAGAUUUUGUUAAUCUCUCAACAAAUCUCGUUGGCAUGGACAAGGCUCUCAAUCAACUUUCAGUACCUUUGGGACAAUUAAGGGAAGAAGUUAUGAGUCUUAAGUCAUGUGUCAGUGAAGGAAUUCAAGCAGUAGAUGACCGAAUGACUAAACAAGAAGACAUUAGAAGAAAAAAGAUGUGUGUCCUGAGACUUAUUCAUGUUAUUCAGUCUGUGGAGAAAAUUGAGAAGAUUCUACAUUCCCAAGGCACUAAAGAAUUGUCCUCAUUAGAGGGAAACAGUCCACUUGUAACUGGACAAGUUUUAGAGAGAAUUGCCACAGAAUUUAAUCAACUACAAUUUCAUGCAGUACAAAGCAAAGGAAUGCCCCUUUUAGACAAAGUGAGACCACGUAUUGCUGGAAUAACAGCCAUGUUGCAGCAGUCUCUGGAAGGGCUGCUCUUGGAAGGCCUUCAAACGUCAAAUGUUGACAUAAUACGCCACUGUCUGCGCACUUAUGCAACAAUUGACAAAACACGAGAUGCAGAGGCAUUAGUUGGCCAAGUGCUUGUAAAACCUUAUGUAGAUGAGGUGAUGGUGGAGCAGUAUGUGCAAUCCCACCCCAAUGGCCUCCAGGCUAUGUACAAUAGGCUGUUGGAGUUUGUUCCUCAUCAUUGCCGCCUCCUGCGGGAAGUGACAGGGGGAGCAAUUUCCAGUGAAAAAGCAGAUAUUGUUCCUGGAUAUGAUUUCUUGGUGAACUCAGUGUGGCCAGAAAUAGUACGUGGUUUGGAAGAGAAAUUGCCAUCACUUUUUAACCCUGGAAACCCAGAUGUGUUUCAUGAGAGAUACACCACCAGUAUGGACUUCGUGCGGAAAUUCGAACGCCAGUGUGGCUCCCAGGCCAGCGUGAAGCGCUUGAGAGCUCAUCCCUCUUACCACAGCUUUAACAACAAAUGGAAUCUGCCUGUCUAUUUUCAAAUAAGAUUCAGAGAAAUAGCAGGGGCCUUAGAAGAAGCACUUUCAGAUACACUAGAGGAAGCACCAGCUGGGAGCUCCUUCUGUCUCUUGGCCACCCACAUGGUGUGGGCGAGUCUUGUGAAGUGCUGGUCGGAUCAGAUGUUUGUGCCGCUGUUAGCGCACCGCCUGUGGAAGCUCAGCCUGCAGAUCUUGGCUCGCUACUCCGUGUUCAUCAGCGAGGUGUCUGUAAGGCCCAUUUCCAGUGAAAAUACAAAGGAGAGCAAAAAACCUGUGCCAGGUGGUAAAAAGGAAUCUUCUUUAAGCCUCAACCCCAGUGAGGACCAAGGAAAUGGAUCUUCUCCAGAAAGCGUGCCAUUGUCGUCUAUAUCUAGUACUCAGCUGAUAUACGUUGCUGCAGAUCUGGACAAACUGCAGGAUUGGAUUCCUGACAUCUUAGACAUGAUUAAACCAAAGCUUGAAAUGAUUGGCUUCAAGAAUAUGUCUUGCAUUGCAGGAGCCUUGGAAGAUUCAAAGACUUCUCUCUCAGCCUGUGUGCCUACCUUGAAUAACAGGAUCAUCCAGGAUCUCAGUGAGUCCUCCUUUGCAUACCUGAAGAGUGCACUGGAAGUUCCAAGAUUAUAUAGGAGAACCAACAAGGAGGUGCCAACUAAAGCCUCACCUUAUGUUGACAGUGCUCUUAAGCCCUUCUACCGACUGCAGAAUGACUACAGAGACACCUUGAAGCAGCCCAUGAUUCAUCACUGGUUGGAAGGGGCUCUCUCUGAAAGCACACAGAAGUAUUAUGAAACUGUAUCUGAUGUGCUCAGUUCUGUUAAGAAAAUGGAAGAGAGUCUAAAAAGGUUGAAGCAAGCAAGAAGAACUGCAACUUCAAACCCUGUUGGUACAAAUGGGGGCAUGAGUGAUGAUAACAAAAUCCGACUCCAGCUGGCCUUAGACAUUGAGUAUUUUGGAGAACAAAUCCGAAAGAUGGGACUGGAAACAAGCAGCAUAAAAAGCUUUUCAGCCCUUGCAGAGCUGGUUCUAACUGCCAAGGAUCAAGCUACAAUGGAACCAUCCUAGUUAUUUUUGAAAGCAUGUGAUUGAAGAUAAACAAGGUCCCUAAAAGAGAGAGAGAGAACUCUGCUUUGUUUUACCAAAUAAAUAGCAAUUAAGUGCUUCCUGAAGUAUCUCAAGCAGCAAAUCAGUGUAUCUUCUGCCUUGAUGAACUUGCUUCACCAAAAGACUGAGACUUUAUCAGUUAUCCAUUAUAUGGAAAGCAAUCAAAGUUCUAAACUUUCUACUAUAGAAUAAAAGUAGAAGAAAAUGUUUUUCUUAUUUUUGUUGUACAACUUGAAAUGUACAAGAACAAAGUUCUAUGUUGAAAAUUAUAUGUAAUAAAUUGUCUUCCUAACAUUUGAUGUACCAUAGGUUUUUCAAUCAAAUGUAUUGAUUGAUGGCUGUGUUACAACCCACUCCAGAGGCAAAAUAACUGAGGUUCUUGUUAACUGAACCCUUGAUCUGAGUGAAAGGACACUGAGUGACCAGAGUUUAUGUAUCUAUAUAUACACAUAGAGCUAUAUCUAUCUAUCUAUCUGGUUUAUUUUAGAGCAGUUUGGUUGCAAUGAAGGAAAGGUAUGUAGCUGUUUUGGUGAUUGUCUAUAGAAAUAGAGCAAUAUGAAAGUAAUAUCAUUUAAUAUAUAAGCAUAUCAUUUAAUAUAAAAGAUAUCAUUUAAGAAUAUAUAUAAGGAAAAGAAAGAGAAAAUGUAUGAGUACGUAGUAGAGAUGAAAGACAUCACCAUCCAUGGAUCCCACAACAAGACUUGAUUGUUGCCAUUUCAGUUGUUUGUUGGUCAAAGUAAUGGUCACAGUCAUGAUCCAUCAGGGAUGGGGGAAGUCCAUGAAACAAAGAGGGUUCAUACAUGGGUUCAGUGGGUUCAUGCAUGUUUUGAUUCAGGUGGGAAUGCCCUGGUACCUCCCCUGAGGGGGAGUUCUGUGCUAUCACUGUGAAUUGACUGUGAUGUUAUCACUGUGAAUCAUGUGCAGUCCUCUGGUGGGAAGUCCCAGAAAUGAGUCUGGGGGCACAUCAGGGUUGUUGGUGGUCACAGACUCCAUCUGUCCUAUAACUUAGGGUGAUUUUGAACAGUGAUAUGAGUACGAGCACUUGCUUUCUCUCCCACAGUUUGCCAGAGAAUUUUUGUCUGGAUGCAUUAACCAGGAUGUGCUAACCAGAUCUCACCACUGACAGGUCUGGAAUCAGCACCUUCCUGUCACAAUUCCUCUCUUCUGUGCUUACCUCCAGUUCCUGCUGUGGUGGCUGAUCUUAGGGCAAGUUCUGUCUGUGGCCUUGGCAGUGCUUGAGACAGGCAGCUGUGUGCUUUAACUCUUUACAGGAUGUCAAAAACUUCCAAAUGCUAUUCCUGCUCUCCUGGGAGAGCAGCCUUGGUCUAAGGUUGGUUCAAAGGAGAAAGCUGUGGAGGGAGCCAUGUUGUGGCAGUUCUGUGUUCCCCUCGGCAUGCCUUUUGCACCUGCAGUGUGCUUGGAGCUCUGGGCCUGGGCAUUUUUGGAACCCUAACCCUAGGUGUGGCUCUAACCCUAGGCAGAGCUGGAUAAAGUACUCUUAGGAACACAAUUGUGCUAUUUCUCUUUGCUGCUUUUCUCCUUCAUCAUGGGAUAUGCUUAGCACUUGUUUGGGUUUUGGAUGUUUUCAUUUAACUGAUGUGGUUUUUUUCACAGACCAUGUUGGUGUGAAGGGCUGCGUGACAAAAACUCAUAAAGUAAUUUAAUUUUUAAAAUAAUUUUUACUACAAGUGUCUCACUUAAAUAUUAUUACAUUCAGACUACCCGUUUUCCUUCAAAUUCAAACUUAAUUCACUAAGCUAGAAUUUAUUCAAGGCUGGCAUAUUUCUUAUUUGUAUUAUAUUAUCUAUUAGAAUUUACCUGCCUACAUGUAGAAUUUUUGUAACUUCCAACCUAGUUACAUCAGUGAAAGGUGCGUCUUUAUUUAGCAGGAAAUUAGAAAGUGUUACUAGGGUUUAAAAUGGUAGAGGGAGUAACCAAGAGCUUUCUUGAACCUAGAGAGAUCUGCCUAUUGGUGCUUCUCAUUCACAUGUGAAGGACAGGCAACAUAGUCUGGGCACAGUAGCAGUUGAAUUUAGGGUUUUAAAGUCAAAAAAUGCCCUGGGUUUUUUUGUGUUUUGGGGGUUUUUUUUGCGGUUUUUUUUUUUUUUUUUUUUAACUGUGGAAAAUUUAACACUGGAAUUCUAGUUCCAGAUUAUUAAUUAAAAAUACCUGGUUUUUCCUAAAGUAUUUAGAGAGCUUGGGACUUAAUGCCCAGAUUAUGCAAAUUUUCCAAGUACUUAGAGAUAGGAGGUGUGUAGCACACGACUGUUGGGUGAAGUGAAACUGUAUUGAGCAAACCUUUCAUGGCUUGAGGGCUUUCAUUCCUCACUGUUGGAAACUGAUCACAUUUUAGUUGAGAAGACACAACCAUGAUAUCAUGGUGCUUUUGAAGCAAUUAGGAAAGGUGGCUGUUAGGACUUUUCUAAUACUGAUUUUUUGAAGGGAGGCAGUGAGGAAAGAAGCCCUGCUGCUUAAAAUUAUGUGGUGGUGCUUGCAUUCAAUCUUGAGUAAUGGAGAGCAGGAUUUGGCUUUUUUAAUUUGCUUAGCGUCUCUCCGUUCAUGGCACAUACACAAUCAAGGGAGCAUCCAAGUUUAUUGCUGAAAAAAGGAACAGCCAAGUGAACCAACUUGUCAGAUGACAGAUCUGUUUGUCUCUUUCAGGCCUCUGGAAAUCCUCAGCCUUAGGCACACUCUGCUGAAUGGAUUUACCUCUUAGUGCUUAUGAACAAGGAGUUUGUGUACCUAUUAUGUUUUCUAGGCUUCUAAUAGAUGAACACAGAAAGCAUGUUCUCCCCACACCUCUUAAUUUUCUUAAGAGUCAGGAGUAGAAACAUCAUCCUAGUUCUAGCUACUGUUGUUUUCAGCAAUGUUUUCUUAUUAUAAAAUGGACGUGUAAAUUGUAGCCUGAGAGUGAGAUUGUAGGAUUGUAAAUGCACUGUGCAACUGCUCACUUCAGCAGGACUGCAUCUCUAUACAAUUAAAUUUCUACAACAGCUGUCACCAAAGCAGCAGAUUCUGAGACCUGUACAGACUAGUGAUGGAAAAUAGAACAGUUUUGUUUGUAUCCUCCAAAGCAGGGGAAAAGGAUAUAGUCUGUGUACCAAACCAAAAAGGCACAGAGAGAUUACUUACACUUGAGUUGCAAGUGAUUUUCCACAUCUUCCUGCAAUGCUUCCUGCUUGUCUUCAUCAACUUUGUGAGGAUUUAGGCUGAAUUCUGUUUUUUUCUAUUGAAGACCAGCUUUAAUUUCAGGGCAGGAAAUAACACUGUGUAGCAAAUCAAAAUUGCUGAAUGGUCCUAUGAUUGCUUUAAAUGUCUGUAUCACUGGUUCUGUGUCAGUUCCCCAUCUCUUAUUCUUGUUCACUUGAACAGGAUUGAAUUUUCUUUCAGUGGAAUAAUACAUCAGUUAAGAAUUUGUGUGAUACAACCAUUGAAAGAAAGGUGUGAAUUAACUUUGGUAAACUGAAUUUUAGCAUUUUCAAACACUGUGGAUCAUUGAGAAGAUGAUCUACCAUGUAAGUGCUCCAAAGGAGAUGUCUUCUGCUACUGAUCCUAUUUCUUCUAUCCCUUAAGUAAUUUUUGAAGUGCACUUCAUGACAGUAAUGCAGUUUUGAUUUUCUGCCUUUUUCUUCUUCCAUUCUAGAACCUUUAGAAAACUCACUAUGCCUUUCUAAUCUUGGAAGAAAUUUAGCUGGAAGAGGUUUUGUACAAUAUUGAGGAGAGAAAGAGCAGUGGUAUGUCUUCCUCUAAAAUGGUAACUGGGUUCUCAACUUGGUAUGUUAUACCAGAAGUGGACCAGUUCUAACCUCAUUGUCUAAAGAUAACUAGCACUAUGUGUAUUUGGCUGGACCACUCAAGGAAUAUUUACUUUCUUUUUUCCGUCAACCAUUGUAUUUUCUAGGUCAAACCAGGAGGGAUGAGGAAGCAAAGUGCAUGGAUUUCUUAAAAGUUGUUGUGUUUUUUAUGCUGUCCGUAAAUUUUCUGCUAUGCUCAGGGAUGUGCUGUCUGAUGAAACCUAAAGAGCUCAUCUUUGCCUUUGUUCUCUUUCUCCAAAUCUCCCACUUUUAGAGUCUGAGUUCAGGUGCUCAUUCACUAGAUUAUUAGGCUGUAAAUUGCUUUUGGGAUCUCAGUAUGAGAGUAGUGUCUAGGAUGCCUGGAACGUGCAUCAUGGUGUGCCCAACAGAGGAAUUUGGUAAAAUUGGAGGAGAGUGAAGAGUAAAAAAUGCCAUGAAAUUUUACAUGUAAAAUUGAAUUGAAAUUUACAUGUAAAAUUUACAUGUAAAAUGUCAGAAACAAGUCUCAGGAGAGUAUACAUUGUGAGGUAGCUUAUCUUGUUGGUGUUGUAGCAUUUGCUCCAGCACUUCUCUCUUUGCAGUCCUUAUUCUGGUCAGUUUACUUUUAGUUCCUUGUCUCUGCCCUUUUCUCCUUCCUUUUCAUCUCCAGGGUGUCAGUGGAGAGGUGCUCUCCACCACAACAUUUCUUUUCUGAACAGUGUGUUUGAUGGGUUUGUUUUGUUUUUCUGCCUGUAGCCACUGAAGAGGGAUAUGGAGUUCCAGAGCAUGUGGCCCCCAUGUGUGAAUAAAGACAUUUUCCCUUUAACUUGGUCAGUGUACCCGGAACUUAUUUAUGGACAAAAUAAGCCAGAAUUCAUUUAUGGAAAAAAGCCCAACUGAACUGCAGCAAAGAAACUUGGAAGUGAGUUUAUUUGCAUCUUUCUACCUCUGCAUGUUCAUACUUAAUUACUUCUGUAUAUAAUACAAGUACAGUAUUUAGAUGUUAGAGCAUCUGGAGUCCAUACAGUAUAAAUGGAUAAAUACAUGGAUGCUGCAUCCUAGCAUUCUUGGGGGUUAUUUUAUUUAUUUUCCAUGAAGCUACAGGGAUGUGUCACAUAUCCACAUCACUGACACCAAGCUGCUGGAAUUAGUGCAUUUACUUAGACACACAUUUGGGCCACUGUGGAUGAUAAUGAGCUGCUGUGCACUGUAGGAUACGUCUUGCAUGAUCUGCCAAAGAGAUUUGCAGUUAUUUUUAAGUGCCAUUAGUGCUAACAAUAAACCUA